CUUUGUGUUUUAUCUUCAACUCGAUAUGGGAACUAAAAGGAAAAACAUUGAAGAUGAAUUGUCACGGUUUGAGGCAGAAAUAUCUAAGCCUGCUGCAGCUUCAACAACACUUUUCGUACCCAAUCAAGUGAGACCCAUUAUUUCCGCCAAUACCUACAGUUUGAUGCAGCAGAAAAUUCAACAACAUCCCUCAACAGCUGUUCCUAUUGCAGCACCGGCGGUGGCAGCAGCUCCCAGAAUAACAGUACCUGCACCACCUAUACCGCCACCAGCAUUUAUGCCCACAUUUGUUCCUACACAAAUAACUAAGUCAGCCCCUGUUGUCACAACACCGACUCCCGUAGUCUUAAGUAGUGCUCCCAAGCUAUAUGUAAGUCGACAGUCGGUAAAUGUACCCUCGGUACCGGUAGCUGCUCCCAUCGACAUAAAUGCCAUACAAUUUGAUGUAACUCAAAAACUGAAGAAAUUGAAGGCGGAAAAAUCAGGGCCAAAUCCCAUUGCUGAAGAGGCCAUUAAAGCAGCCAAAGCCUCAUCGGCUCUACAAUCUUUCCAGGUUACCGAGAAAAAGAAAAAAGAUCGCAAAACGGUACGUGUUGCUGGCGGACAAGUUUGGGAGGAUCAAUCUCUUGCCGAUUGGCCUGAUGAUGAUUUUCGUAUAUUUUGUGGUGAUUUGGGUAAUGAUGUCAACGACGAAGUACUCACAAGGACCUUCAAUAAAUAUCCUUCAUUUCAACGGGCCCGGGUGGUACGCGACAAACGUACGGGAAAAAGCAAAGGAUUUGGUUUUGUGAGUUUCCGCGAACCUCAAGAUUUUAUACGAGCCAUGAAAGAAAUGGAUGGCCGUUAUGUUGGCAGUCGUCCAAUUAAAUUGCGUAAAAGUACGUGGAAGCAACGUAGCUUGGAUGUGGUGAAGAAAAAGGAAAAAGAGAAACAACUUUUGCUGCAGGCCAUGAUGAAUGCUUGA